AUGGCAAACGAGCCCUCAAUCUCAAUCCGAAAGUCUAUCAGGUGGGGAGACGAUGCAGUCAUCGAGGACACCAGUACUCUCGUCUUGACGACUGGUCCCAGACGUUACGUCGAUCUCCGGGUGUACCUCCCCGAGAAACCAGAGGUUGGGUUACCAAACGCCGACGACGUGCCUGCGCUGGACAGACUGGAGUGGGGAUUCGCGGGACAAUCCAAAGGCACGCCUGCUGAGUGGGAUGGACCGCGAUUGGUGACGCCAGCGCACGGCACAUGGACGCACUGGGUCGACAGCCAGAAGCCGGACGGGUAUGAAGAUAAUGGGUUCAUGUACGACCAGCAUGACGGGUUGACGUGGGAGAAGGGGGUCAUGGAGUACCCCAAGACUGGGAAACUGACGCCUUAUGAGGAAGUUUGGGAGGAUUUUGCUCCGGCGAAGGAUGCUGCUGGAAAUAUGAUAGCGGUGACGCUUGUUUAUACCGAAACGGGAAAUAGCGCGAAGGGGAUGGUUAUCAGGGUGGGAGACUGGAUACAGGGUAUUUUGAGAGAUGCUGCAGGUAGCAUAACUGUCGAGAGAUGGCACUACGAGACGGCAUCGAAAGCCACGGAAGGGUGGAAACGGGUGGUUCGCAUCGGGAGUGGGGAACUACCUUGUCAGAGACUCUUUGCCCUGGAUAACUCGGCGACCGUGGAGGGAUCAGGCUGGACCAUAUUAAAAGAUGAUGAUGUUUUAUAA